CACGGACGACCGCCAAGCUCUCGCGAUACCACAAGGAAGGGCUCGGCUGUCGAACUCUCGCGAGCCAAGAUCUCGCGAGAGCGGCCGGCAGCGGUUGAAGCCGGCGAGGGAGAGCGAGGGAGCGGCGCCGGUCGGCCCGAUCAUCCCGUCCGCGGCCCGGCCAGCCACAGCGGGGGAGGAGGGGAAACCCAGCGCGAUAACGUAGAAAUGUCUGAGGCUGAGGAGAAGCCGGUCGCGGGCCCGACCGAAGGCCAGGGAGCUGCGACGGGCUCGCCGCCCGCGGAGGAAGGCGAGGACAAGAUGGAAAGUACCGAUGAAGCAUUUACAUUCAAAAUGCCAAAACCAGAGGUUAAAGAGGAGGAUCCUGCCUAUGAAGAAAAAAUGAAAGCAGACAGAGCAAAUAGAUUUGACUAUCUACUGCAACAGACCGAACUUUUUGCCCACUUUAUCCAGCCCGCUGCACAGAAGACACCAACUUCACCUCUAAAGAUGAAACCAGGGCGUCCUCGCAUAAAGAAAGAUGAAAAGCAGACACUGCUUUCGGUUGGAGAUUAUCGGCAUCGUCGUACAGAGCAGGAAGAAGAUGAAGAACUCCUGUCAGAAAAUAGCAAGACAACCAAUGUCUGCACAAGGUUUGAAGAAUCCCCAUCAUAUAUAAAAGGAGGGAAGCUGCGGGACUACCAGAUCCGUGGAUUGAACUGGCUCAUUUCUUUAUAUGAAAAUGGCAUUAAUGGUAUCCUAGCAGAUGAAAUGGGUCUUGGGAAGACUUUACAAACUAUUGCUCUUCUUGGGUACAUGAAACAUUACAGAAGCAUUCCUGGACCUCACAUGGUUCUAGUCCCUAAAUCUACACUCCAUAACUGGAUGCUUGAAUUCAAGAGAUGGAUACCAACUCUUCGAGCCAUUUGUCUAAUUGGUGACAAGGAACAACGGGCUGCUUUCAUCAGAGAUGUCCUUCUGCCUGGAGAGUGGGAUGUCUGUGUGACAUCAUAUGAAAUGUUGAUCAGGGAGAAAUCUGUUUUCAAAAAGUUUAAUUGGAGGUAUCUGGUCAUAGAUGAAGCCCAUAGAAUCAAAAAUGAAAAAUCUAAGCUAUCUGAAAUAGUGAGAGAAUUCAAGACAACAAAUCGACUGUUGCUCACUGGUACACCACUCCAGAACAACUUACAUGAACUCUGGGCACUGCUCAACUUCCUUCUUCCUGAUGUCUUCAAUUCUUCUGCUGACUUUGAUUCAUGGUUUGACACAAAUAACUGUUUUGGAGAUCAGAAACUAGUUGAACGGUUGCAUAUGGUAUUGCGACCCUUCCUUCUCCGACGUAUUAAAGCUGAGGUAGAAAAGAGUCUGCCACCAAAAAAGGAAGUCAAAAUGUAUGUAGGCCUUAGCAAAAUGCAACGGGAAUGGUACACCAGGAUUUUAAUGAAGGAUAUUGACAUCCUUAACUCCUCAGGGAAAAUGGACAAAAUGCGUCUGUUGAACAUACUGAUGCAGCUACGCAAGUGUUGCAACCAUCCCUAUCUUUUUGAUGGAGCUGAGCCUGGCCCACCUUAUACUACUGAUACUCACCUCGUGGUUAACAGUGGAAAGAUGGUAGUAUUGGACAAACUGCUGCCAAGAGUGAAGGAUCAAGGUUCUCGGGUGUUGAUUUUCAGCCAAAUGACCAGAGUGCUGGAUAUUUUGGAAGAUUAUUGCAUGUGGAGGAACUAUGAGUACUGCAGACUCGAUGGGCAGACUCCACAUGUGGAGAGACAGGAUUCUAUUAGUGCAUUCAAUUCUCCUGGGAGUACUAAGUUUAUCUUCAUGUUGAGCACCCGUGCUGGGGGUCUUGGUAUAAAUCUCGCUACAGCGGAUGUUGUAAUCCUAUACGACUCUGACUGGAACCCACAGGUUGACCUACAGGCCAUGGAUCGAGCCCACAGAAUUGGACAAACAAAAUGUGUCAAAGUAUUCAGAUUUAUAACGGACAACACUGUGGAGGAAAGAAUAGUGGAGCGCGCUGAAAUGAAGCUCAGAUUGGACUCUAUUGUAAUUCAGCAAGGAAGGCUGGUUGAUCAGAAUCUAAAUAAGCUGGGAAAAGACGAGAUGCUGCAGAUGAUUCGUCACGGUGCUACCCACGUGUUUGCUUCAAAAGAGAGUGACAUUACAGAUGAGGAUGUUGAUGCUAUAUUGGAGAGGGGUGAAAGGAAGACAGCUGAACUCUCAGAAAAGCUUGCAAAUAUGGGUGAAAGUUCCCUCAGAAACUUCACCAUGGAAACGGAGGUCAGUGUGUACAACUUCGAAGGUGAAGACUACAGGGAGAAGCAAAAGUUGGCUCUAACUGAAUGGAUUGAACCCCCUAAACGAGAACGAAAAGCAAACUACGCCGUUGAUGCAUAUUUCAGAGAGGCUCUCCGUGUCAGUGAACCAAAAGCACCCAAAGCUCCUCGGCCACCAAAGCAGCCCAAUAUUCAAGAUUUCCAGUUCUUUCCCCCUCGACUGUUUGAACUGCUAGAGAAAGAAAUUCUUUAUUAUCGAAAAACAAUUGGCUACAAGGUCCCACGUAACCCUGAUCUGCCAAAUUCAGCUCAAGUACAGAAAGGAGAACAGUGCAAAAUUGAUGAGGCUGAACCUCUAAAUGAUGAUGAGCUUGAAGAGAAGGAGAAGCUGUUGACACAGGGAUUUACCAGCUGGACGAAAAGAGACUUUAAUCAGUUUAUCAAAGCAAAUGAGAAGUGGGGCCGUGAUGACAUUGAAAAUAUUGCCCGUGAAGUAGAGGGAAAAAUUCCUGAAGAAGUGAUUGAAUAUUCGGCUGUAUUUUGGGAGAGAUGUAAUGAGCUCCAAGACAUUGAAAAAAUUAUGGCACAGAUAGAAAGGGGAGAAGCGAGAAUCCAAAGGAGGAUCGGCAUUAAAAAAGCACUAGACACCAAGAUUGCCCGUUACAAAGCACCUUUCCACCAAUUGAGAAUUGCAUAUGGCACAAAUAAAGGGAAGAAUUAUACAGAAGAGGAGGACAGAUUCUUGAUCUGCAUGCUGCACAAGUUGGGCUUUGACAAAGAAAAUGUUUACGAUGAGCUUAGACAGUGUAUUCGGAACUCUCCACAAUUCAGAUUUGACUGGUUCCUGAAGUCAAGGACUGCAAUGGAACUCCAAAGGCGGUGUAAUACUUUAAUCACUCUAAUAGAAAGAGAAAACUUGGAACUUGAAGAAAAGGAGAAAGCAGAAAGAAAAAAGCGCGGACCAAAAACCACAUCGGCACAGAAACGCAAAUUGGAUGGGGGACCAGAUGGCCGUGGCCGAAAAAAGAAGCUAAAACUUUGAAUUGUCUAUGCGCAUCAUGUCUGCAUAGUUAAUGUAUUUCAGUUUUGAGGAUGUACAAAAGCUUUGAUAGAAAUCUCGUAUGUGGUAUUCCAACAUCAUUCCCACUGUGCUAGUAGGAAUUAAUGUAGUCUAGAAUUUAUUGAAUUUUAAACAGCUGUGCUGAAUAUUUUUUACCAUGUAAUAAAAUGGUUUCCAUUCAAAUCUAUGGAUUAUUUCUAAACUUUUCAGUUUUAUAGUUGAACACAAUACAACUUUGUCCUGUU